AUGUCGUGGUUAUUCGGGGUGAAUAAAACGCCGCAGCCAACGGCCGAGGACUUCCUCGCAGCCCAACCAGCUCAACCCGGUGGUGAUCCGAACAGCCCAAAGGAUGGCAAGGGGCAGGGCCAAGCGCAGGGUCAACGAAUGGCCUAUUCUUUUGACUCGACGGCUUUGGAGCGAGCGGCCAAAGCCGCUCGCGAUCUGGAGCGCUUUCCAAAUGCUAAGGAGGCUCUCGAGCUCAGCCGGAUGCAAGAAGUCACUCGUCAAAAAGAGGUUGAACAGCAAACCAAGCAAGUUGAAGCCCAAAUUCAAGCCAUGAAGGCCGACCAGACGCGCGUGGCUGAAGAAGAGCGCAGAAAGACCCUUGGUGAAGAGACGAAACACGCCAGAGCCAGAGCCGAUUAUCAAGAUCAAUUGUCGCGCAAACGUUCGGAAGCGGAGAUGGCGAUGAAAGCGCGCCUCCAGGAGGAGAGCCUCCGCAAGCAAGAGGAAAGCAUCAAAAAGCAAGAGGCUUUGAGAAAAGCUACAAUCGAGCAUGAGCUCGCCCUCAAGCACAAGUACGAGCUGGAGAAGAUUGACGCUGAAGUUCAUGCGAAAGCCAAAGCUGCACGCGAAAAUCGGGAUGUGAACCUCGAGCAAUUGCGAGUGCAUGAAGAGGAAAACAGGAAGACCAUCAUGGAAAAGAUCAAGACCGGGGGUGCAGUCGUUGGUGCUGGUUUGAACAAUUUCCUCAAUGACAAGUCGAAGAUCACUGCUGCGGUCGGCGGGCUCACGGCUGUCGCCAUUGGCUGGUAUGCGGCGAAGCGCGGAACUGGUGUUGCGGCUCGUUAUGCGGAGGCACGUUUGGGCAAGCCGAGCCUCGUCCGUGAAACUAGCCGGGUCACACCGUUGGAGACGCUCAAGCAUCCAAUCAAAACAUUCCAAACAAUCUUCCGCAAACGCCACGAUCCGCUGAAGGGAGUCGUUCUAUCGCCUGACCUCGAGCGUCGGCUACGCGAUAUUGCUAUCACUACGACGAACACUCGUCGCAACAACGGGUUGUUUAGGAACGUACUUUUCUACGGGCCGCCUGGCACUGGAAAAACUCUAUUUGCUAAAUCACUUGCUCAACAUUCGGGUCUCGACUAUGCUGUUUUAACGGGUGGUGACAUUGCUCCGAUGGGUCGCGACGGCGUUUCUGCUAUUCACAAAGUGUUUGACUGGGCGCAGAGCAGCCGUAAAGGGUUGGUCGUCUUUAUCGAUGAAGCCGACGCCUUCCUGCAGAAACGUAGCAAGGAGGGCAUGAGCGAGGAUACCCGAGCCGCCCUCAACGCCUUCCUCUUUAGGACUGGUGAGCAGAGCCGUCGUUUCAUGCUUGUCGUCGCUUCAAAUCAGCCGGAACAGUUUGAUUGGGCUGUCAAUGAUCGUCUCGAUCAGUUGAUCGAGUUCACCUUGCCCGGUCGGGAAGAGCGCGAACGCAUCCUGCUGCAGUACUUCAACCAACACAUUGCCGAGCCGGCCACUUCCGGAUCUAGGGGCCAAAGGCUGAAGCUGGCUGAUUUCGAUUGGGUGGGCAAGUGCGCUGAUGUUUCGCACAUCACGAAGGGCAUGAGCGGCCGUGAAUUGAGCAAGCUGGUAAUUGGCUGGCAGGCAUCCGCUUACGCCAGCGAGGAUGGCAUCCUGACCGCGGAAAUGAUUGAUCGCAACACCAAGGAUGCGAUCCGUCAGCACCAGCACAAGAUGGACUGGCUGGAGAAGGAGCAACUUGAUGCCCGCCACCAGAAGAUCAAGUUCGGCACGCAAGGCAAGCGCGAGACGGCCGUC